GACACACAGAGAGCCGAGCCUGAAGUGGGUAGUGUUUGGCUUGCAGGACUCCCGAGGGUGGUCUUCUUUCGCUCUCCAUUUCCUGGCGAGUGGCUCUUCUGGACGAGGAAAGGCUGCGGUGCCUCGGAGAGCUGCCAUAGGGAGUGCUGUCCUUCCGCGGGGCCCUUCCAGAGCUUGAGGCUCUGCGACCCCCCCCCUUCCCCGCCCAGUUAGGCUUUUACCUUCAGCAUGGCUGAGCUGAUCCAAAAGAAACUGCAGGGAGAAGUGGAGAAAUACCAACAGCUGCAGAAGGACUUGAGUAAAUGCAUGUCAGGAAGGCAGAAGCUUGAGGCACAGCUAACAGAAAAUAAUAUCGUGAAGGAGGAGCUGGCCUUGCUGGAUGGCUCCAACGUGGUCUUUAAGCUGCUAGGACCGGUGCUUGUCAAGCAGGAGCUGGGGGAGGCUCGCGCCACGGUGGGGAAGAGGCUCGACUACAUCACGGCGGAGAUCAAGCGCUACGAGUCGCAGCUUCGGGACCUAGAGCGGCAGUCAGAGCAACAGAGGGAAACCCUUGCUCAGCUGCAGCAGGAGUUCCAGAGGGCCCAGGCAGCAAAGGCUCCUGGGAAGGCCUGACCUCAUGGAAGGGGGUUGGGGAGGGAGGGAUGAGGCUAACCCUG